GACCCUGAAUACCGGUUCGGUGUCGAGUUCCGGUUACCAUAGAACUGUGCUGGUUGAAACAGUCGAGUCGCAGGGUUUUAUUGUGCAGGGAGAAAGGAUUGCAAGAAACAUAGUGCAUGGGUAGAGUGGCUUUCGGAAUGUAAUAAUAGUCUCGUAUGUAGAACAUAUUGAGGAUCGUUUAAGGAGUAUGUUGAUAUAGGGGGCCAGAUUUUGUCACUGCAACGAUGCGUCUCCAGAUAUUCAGUUUGCUAUUUUUCGUGAGCGUGCUAGUCGUGCGGCAAGUUUCAGCCCAUGGAAGACUGAUAGAACCACCAUCGAGAGCCUCGAUGUGGAGGUAUGGUUUCGAUACCCCGCACGAUUACAACGAUCAUGAAUGCUAUUGCGGAGGAUUUACCAGACAGUGGCAACGAAAUAAGGGAAAAUGCGGAAUAUGCGGCGAUGCUUGGGACGCGCCAACGCCUCGUCUGCACGAGACCGGUGGCAAAUUCGGGAACGGAGUGAUAGUAAGGAAAUAUCGAACAGGUUCGGUGAUACCGGUUCGCGUGGAACUUACGGCCAAUCAUCACGGUUACUUCGAGUUUCGCACGUGCUCGAUGACCUACAAGGGCAAGGAAGUUGAUCAGGAAUGUCUGGACAAACACCUGCUACGCUCGAAGAACGAAUCGAUCAGAUAUUAUCCCGGGCCUGGAAACAAAAUUUUCGAGGCUUUCUAUAAACUACCAGACGACCUGACUUGCGCCCAAUGCGUCUUUCAAUGGAGAUACGUGGCUGGAAAUAAUUGGGGCGACUGUGGAAACGGAACAGGAGCCGUGGGUUGUGGUCCUCAAGAGGAAUUUCGUGCUUGUGCUGAUAUUAGCAUCGGAGAUGACGUGGAGCCUCUUUCACCUCGACCACCAGCAGAACCACCGACGAAAUCGAUCCCAGAAGAAAAAUCACCAACAGACACAACAUUGGUGCCAGAACCAAGUGGGCCAUAUUGGUUAUUCAGUAUCAUUAUCGCUGGUACGUGCCUGCUGGUUGUGCUGGCGGCUAUGGCAUUGCUUUACUCGUAUUAUUAUCACUCUGGCCGAGCCAAAAAGUGGCUUAUGACGAGGCGGUUGCUGACACCUGAAAGUCCACCUGUCGCUCCACCGAGGCAUAAAAAACACAACACGUUCAAUGCACCAUUGCAGUUGUAGAAGAAUAUUUGUAUUUCAAUGUAGGGUGACCAAAAAAUAAUUUUGUAUACAUUGUCUUUUGAAAACAUUUUACAAUGUCUUUUAAUAUAAUUUUAUACGGUAUAUAUAUAUACAAGAUACACAGAAGAAGAAUUCUUGUUUAAUAUUGAGAAAAAUGGUCACCCUGAUUUAUUGUUACUUGUGAUACAACUUUCCUUCUUAUUCGAUUUUUCACUUGUAAUAAUUCGGACGAUUUUUCUGUCGUACGUAUCUGUACGGUAAAUGUAUAUUUGACACUGUGAUGUAUGCAUGAUGAGGAAGUUCUCGUUUGCGUUUAGAGUAAUACGCGCUCACUUGCACACGCAUUUUCAUUCUGUAUAUAUAAACUUUCUUACAUUAAACAUAUUUAUUUUCUAAGAA